AUGGUUUGUGCUCGGCGUGGGUUUUCCCUCGGCGUGGGUUUGCACUUGGGAGUCCAGACCCCGACAGGGAGCAUGCUGGUGGUGGGAGCGUUAUCCGUGGCCUCAGAAGCUGCCCCACACCUGAGGCUCAAGGGGGUCCUCAGGAGGUCUGCAAGCUGCGGUGACCUGUCCCUUGAUCCCUGCUUACUCUCACCCCACAGUUCUAUGGUUAGAGGUCUGACCUCUGCCUACCACUCUUGGAUCUUACUUGGGAGUUCCGGACACAUUGUCUCCCUGCCCCUCAUCCCAAGAGCUGGCAUUUGGGAGAAGAGUUCAUACAGUCUACCUGCCUACCUAUCUACACUCAGUUCAUUUCAGUCGCUCACUCAUGUCCCACUCUUUGCGACCCCAUGA